ACGAUGGUGUGACUAAGUGGAAAGUGAAAGAAAUAAGGUGCAAAUGGUUUGGCGAUCGUACGCUGCGUCCUUUCGCUUCCGAAGCAUUAUGAUGUUAAUCGUGGAAAGUGGCUCAAACCGGCAGUGGAGUUUCAGCGGACGACGGACGAAACGGAAGACGUCCAACUGUGCCGCAGACGGUUUGUGGCCAAAUUGCAACCGUAGUUUGUUGCUUACGGCGAUCCUAUUAGUGAUUUGCCUUACCCGUCCGAUCGUCUGCAGCGCGGGCAGACGUGAGUUGCACUUGCAGGACUACGCUGUCCUAUCGCACGUGCGAACAUUAGGCAGUCCCUUCAAGGAGGCAGAAACCGAAUCCACCACAAACCGCCCGUACACAGCGCCCGACGCAGACAGUCGCCGGUUGAAGCUGUCCGAACUUGUGACGCAAAGUGAUGUGAUAUUCAAAGCAUUCGCUGGUCACGGCAACGACCUGCGGGAGGCGGCACUCAACUUCUCGUGGAUGGCUGCGGGUACACCGUCAGCACAUCGUCAGCAGCAGCACCAUCACCAGCCGCGCUGGAAACCACAGCCGGCCGCGAAUCACGACGAUGGUGGUGCAGAUUUUAUCGUACGACUCGAGCCCGGCACCGUCUACAAAGGAAAUGAACUUUUCAAACAGUUGCAACUGAACAGCUGGAAGCAUUAUUUCAUCCUUUGGAGCAAUGGUAGCGUACAGUAUACGCAUCAUGAUGUGCCGGUGCGAGAUCGGCCGGGUUUCGAAAGUUCAAUACCGACCGCACCGACCGAUGACACUGCCCACACUGACGAAAAGCCAUCUGAUGCGUCUUCUGACAGCGGUGCACCAUCCAGCACGAACGAAAAGUCUACCAAACCAAGCUGUAUGCAAGGGCAACUCUGUCAACAUUUGGUUGAAAGUACACAGUCAGCUGUUACGGAAGUCAACCUCGAUGACUCAUCCUACGAGCAAGACAUUCAGCCAACGAAAACAACACCCUUCACAGGGGAUGAUUCAAUCGAUUCGACUGUUCGCAACCUUCACACUGACCGCAGUACUCCGACGGCUUCCACCAACGAUAACCACAAUCGAAAAUCCCUACCCGACAGGGAACGUGUCAAUUCACAGCACAGCGCCAGAAGCAACAAGAGCACGCAACAAGAAGCCGACACAGCGGAAGAACAGACCGUGCCUAACACGCUGGAAAAGGAUCUUGAAAGCGAUGGUCAGAUUAGCCGCACGCUGAGCAAGAUACUGCCUGUUACGGUGAUCGUAUUCGGACGCCUGUCCGUGGGUAGCGGUGGGACCGGUGACGCUACUCCUGACAGACUGCUGCGAGUCGAUCCGUACGUGGGACUGUUGCGGUGGGACGAGCAGCUCGAGGAUGCCCUGUGGCAAGCGCUUGGCUGGAGCGAAUGGGGUGACUACACUGGCUGCAGUGUGACGUGUGGAGGCGGCGUACAACAACGGUUUCGACAUUGUUUACAGUCGGUGCCCUCGGAUCGUGUAGCACCGCGUGCACGUUCUAAAACCAACCCCAUUUCAGUGCCGGUAAUACCACCGGCAGCAGCACGACAAGGGCGCAAUAUUUUAAACAGUGAAAUUGAAAUCUCCACCAUCGCCGCAACCACCUUCGAACGUACGCAGCCAGUUACGUGGGAUGCGCUACCAGGCGUCUCCAUUGCACCACCGUUCGGCGAUGACGAUGAUGAUAAUGUUGAAAGAAAAGGGAAAAGAAAACUCAAAUCAAAACAAACGGCAGCCGGUGGAUGGAGACGGAAAAUGAAGUUCCUGGAAAAGGUUAAUGAAAAGAGUGUAUUGAAACCGUCGGCGAGUGAACCCAUUUCGUCAGAAGCUGCUUCCCAGCGGACACCCACGAUGCAAGACGGAUCCGUUCCACUCCAGGAACGCUGGUUUAUGGAACCAGCCGCCGAGACAACGCAUCAUAAUCGACAAACGGAUGAGACUGCCGAUGAAAGCACGUGGCGUGUCUGCGAGGGACAUAAUAUCGAGCAGCGAAACUGCAACAUGUUCGACUGCACCGGAACAAUUAAUUUGAUGGCUGCACUAACACCGAACAACUACUGGAGAACCUGGGACAGCAGCAUCGACGAUCAGAUCAACUAUCAGAUCAAUCAGCUAGAUCAAAAUUUUACACUCAUGAUGAGCUUACGGCUAAAGCCGGCCACUGAGUAUGGUGGUCAUCCCGAGCAGCAUGCGGACGAUGACAACCGGUCGGAUCCGUCGCUCACAACCCACCCAAGCAGCGGUCAUAUUUUUUCCAUCCGCUCGAAGCUAACGACCGGCUCAAGUUUGUCAAUAAAUUUCGAAACCGAUGGUCACGGUGGGAUGCGGGUACUGCAGGAAAAGUACGGCCUGUCGGAGAUGCUACCGGUACGAUCGGGCAAACUCACCUUACGCGACGGUGAUUGGCAUUCGCUCGCACUAAGCGCCCGAAACGGUGGCUUCGUAACGGUGUACAUCGACUGCCAGUGGAGUAAUUCGUUCGUCCUCACGAAGGGUUCGAUCGAACUGCCCCAGUAUCCUAUCGUCGAGGUUGGAAGGAAUGUUGAACUGCGCCAGCUUAUGGUGGUACCUGGUGAAAAAUCGGCCCAAUUACAAUGCAACCCACAACCGGUCCCGAUACACGAUAUGGAAAACCAACGGGUGACGAAUUACUUCGAACAUCACAAUUUGCCACCCGUUUGA